AUGACUCGAACACGCCCUUCUGUGAACUUGCCAGCUGGCUCGGUGCUCGUCGAGGACGUAGACGAAGAAAUCUUUGCGCUCGUGACGAGAAAGUUGCAGCUCUCCUAUGCGCCAGGGACUACAGCGCAAGACGAAGAGCGGCCGUCUGAAGGAGGACUGGGGUUCCAUUCCUCCAAGGACGAGGUCCUCCCUCUCUCUCUCACCGUCCGCAACCCCUGGGCGGACGCGAAUGGGUCUGAUGCGGUCAAGAGCAGGGUGAAGAAGGCUGCGAAAGGUUUGGCCGGACGAAAGGGCGACAUGGCGAGGCAGGAAGUGACUGUCGAGGUAGAGGUGCAUCAAUCUUUGGGCGACUUGCGCAACAGGAAGGGCGAUACAGGGUCGGUUCUCUGGCGCAUCAGUCUGCACCUUGCCCGCUAUCUCCUCCAGCAACACCACUUCCCUCACCCCUCUCAUCCUCCGCUCCUCCCCUCGUUCUCCUCCUCGACCAUCCUCGAACUCGGUUCCGGAACUGGGUUCCUCGGAAUCGCACUGCGUGACAUCUACUCGCAAUCGACGCCGAAAGGCCGAUGGAUCUUCUCGGACCAGCUGGCGAACCUCCCGCUCGUCGUGCGCAACUUGCGCGCAAAAGGGCUGAUGGAUCCGCCUACUUCGCCUCCUUCUCGCGCGACACCUCUUCCUUCUCAGCGACACUCGACGCGCCCUACGUCUGCUUCGCAUGCACCUCGCAAGCCGAAGACGGAGCAAGCGCCUGUUGAGGUGCUGGAGCUAGACUGGCUCGUCGAAGCAGCCGCAUGGGACCGACACCCUCACUCUCUAUACUCGGCUACCUCCCCUGCAGCCUCUCACGCCGCCCACCCACCGCUCCCCUCCCCUCCCUCCCUGAUCCUCGCCUCAGAUUGCAUCUACAACCCCUCCCUCUCCGCACCCCUAGCCAAGACCAUCCUGCGCCACGCCGGUCCCGACACUAUCGUACUCGUAGCCAGCGAAAUACGGGACGAAGAACCGCUGGAGGAGUUUCUGAGGGCUUGGAAGGAGGAGGGGGGAGAGAGGUGGAGGGUUUGGAGGGUGGGUUGGGAGGAGGACGGGAGGGAGGGGGGCGAGUUGCGAGGGGGACGGUAUGUGGUUUGGGUUGGGUGGCGGGAGCGAGCGGCGGAGGGAGGGCCUGAGGAGGAGACGUAG